UUUAUUAAAAUAGCAAUUGAGCGCGGCCAAAUGUUCGUAACAAUACGUGACAGAUGUCUUAUAGGCAAUUUCAGUUUGGCGUUUGCAGGAAGCCACAGAUCAAUAUUUAUCUAAGACAAAACCUGUGUGUUAUACCAGAGGAGCUCUUCCCAAACAACAUUUUUAGCAGAGAAUUUCAGCUGGAACGAAUGUAGGAACUGCAAGCAAACGAGUUCGGGACUGAAUGGCAUUUUGUCAAAAGUGACGUGAACUAUCAAUCAGAAAGAAAAACGACGUAUGCUAAAAGACUUUCAAAAAAAGAACUUGUACUCUUCUUGCCGCGUCGUAUUAUUAUUGAGGUAAAGGUGCAAACUUCACAAUGGGAAAGAUUAGAGGUCAACAACAUUUCCAGCUAAUGCUACUCUCCAAAGCUGUAAUUUAUUCAAUAAUGGGCAUGCAUUCUUGCGGAAUAGCUGCUGAGCAGACAUGUCGCACGUCCAGACCAGUACCGGACCACGUACUUACAGGUCACGUGAUCGCGUCCCUUGAAGGAAAACGCCUGGAUAGCUGCGUGAUCUCUUGUGAGAUCACACAGAAUUGCUUUAGCAUUAACUACUAUAAAGCACUCAAGAAAUGUGAAUUAAACAGGAAAACAGCUGAAUGGUAUCCCAGUAACUUGCUCCCAAGAUCUGGUGCAGUGUAUCUCAACAUGGUGGUACGUGACUACACGCCGUGUGUCGAUCGAAAUCCGCCAUGUUCAGGAAAAUGUGUUGUUAUCCCUGGAUCCUUAACGACACGGUGUGUUUGUGAAUCAGGAAAUGCUGCUUGCAAAAACGACUCCUGUAUUUCUAAGCCAUUGGGAAUGGAGGACGGUUCAAUUCCAGACAAUAAGAUUACAGCAUCAUCCACACACAGCAACAGUGAGGUGGCUUGGGGAAGGCUUCACUAUUCACAAGGAAGUUGGACUCCGAGAACAGAUGACAGAUACCAAUGGCUCCAAGUGAACUUCGUACCGAAUGUGAAACUCAUAACACACAUCGCCACGCAAGGAAACGGAAAGGGCUGGUGGUGGGUAAAAGAAUAUUACGUCAUGUAUAAGAAAAGACAGGAAGCCCUUAAAGAAUACAUGGAAAAUAAUCAUCGAGUGCUCUUCUCAGGAAACAAAAACAAGGAUGGUGUAGUAAAGAACCUGAUUAACAAUCCCUUUGAAGCGGACACCGUGCGUAUUAUACCCACAGCAAAUGAUGGAAGGAUAGCUUUGCGAAUUGAGCUGUAUGGAUGUGACGCCCGAGUACCGUAAUCUCUGACACUUUUGUAUUUAACUUGGCCGAAUGUGCAAUGGCUGAUUGAGAUUUCCCCACGAUAACUAUCCCUUACCAUAAGAACCCCUAUGAUUAAGGAUCUCUCCAGAUCGAGAUUUCUUGGAAAAAAUAUUCCCCGGAAAAAGAAUCACUCAGUACAAAAAUCUCAGGGGUAAAAAAAAAAGGCUUAUUAUCCAGCUUUACUGACUUGGUUCCGGUUUCCAUGAUCGAGUUAGUGAGCUCAGUUCUUUAUUCUCGGUUUGAUCAUCAAGACCAUGCUUAUCAAAAUAUAUCAUGUUUAAGACAGGUUUUCUGUUUUAUUCAAAGAUGUAGAGUUCUUUUUUCCUGUUUUUCGGUAGAAUAGGGAUGAUUGGUUGAAGUAGAAGCCAGUCAAUUGUAGUCUGCGGAAGCUGGGCGUGCACCAAAAUAAUCGUUAAGUAUAAUUGUAAACAAAAUAUCGGACUAAACUGGCACUAUGCGCUCAGUGAUUUAUGGGCACAAGUGGCGCUUCGAAAGUUCUGAAUAUGACGUCACGAGCACAUAAAUAAAUGCACAUGCAUUUCCUAAUAAUUACUAAAUGCCACACUAAAUUUACUGAUGUUUAAAGAUCGGAGUAAACAAUAAUAGGAAGAGAUAAAUUAAACUUAUUCAAGAUUUUUCAAGAUGUUGUUAAAGAUUUCGGUCAAUAAAAUAAUUAAUCGUCGCUGCUGAAUGAACAAAAGCUAAAACUGCAAUAAGGAAGGUUUUAAUUAAAAAUAUCUAGAAACUUGUUCGAAGCAGAUUUUCAUAUCUAGAAUUAUUGAAAAAACUCAACUUUGAAUACUUUACUACUGCAGUACAUUUGACACAUUCAUUGGAGCAUUUAAAUUAAAGAAUUUGUACUUAUGUAAAUGAAACUAUACUUGUUACAUUUAAUUAACCUUUGCAGCGAAUAUAAUAAAAAAUCCUAAAAAAAAAAAAAAAAAACUAAUCUGAAGCCCUUUUCAG